AUGACAGUCAUUUACAGAACAGACAUCUCAGUCGAGAAACUGGGAAUGGACGACACAGGCAACACUCUCAUGGAGAAGGACAGGACGUGGACAGAGUCCAGUCCUCGCCCUGUCAACAAAUAUGAGAGAGUGUACCAGCCCUGUAGCCCUGAAGGAUUUGGGGUUCAGAACUUGAUGACGCCAGCAGAGCGCUACAACAAUGCUACAGGAGCAGCGUUUGACAUCCUCACGUCAGAGAAGCAGCUGUACAAAGCCAUCUUUGGGGAAGUGGCCAUGACCUGCUUGGUCACCAUGGUGCUCCUUCUAGUGGCCGUGAAUGGAAAAACUAAAACCCCACACGGGCCUUUUCUAGUGGGCUGCUCUGUCAUCAUCAGCGUCCUGGCAGGGGCCGAUGUUUCUGGAGCUUGUCUGAACCCGGCCAGAGCUUUUGGUCCAGCUGUGAUGAUUAACUACUGGAAUUAUCACUGGGUUUACUGGGCUGGACCCUUAGGAGGAGGACUGGUGGCCACAGCACUCGUCAGACUCAUUCUUGGUGAUAAAAAGAUAAGAGUCAUCAUGAAAUCAUAAAAACAUCUUAUUUCUUCAUUAAUAUGUCGAUUUUUCUGUUUUGCGCUUU